UGCUAUGCAGCUGGAGGGAACAGCGGAGUAUAUUCUUCAAAUUUUAAAUAAUAUUCAGGUGUCUUUGUUUACAAGAGAUCAGCUAGUCACCAUUCUUGCAAAUAUGUCAGGACUACCAGAAUCCAGAUCAAAUAUUGUUGGAACCGGUGGAUUAAAAACUAUGAUCAAGCAACUUAAUAUAGAAAUUAAUCAGAAGACUGAAUUUUCUGGUUCUGAACUUGGCGCAAUUACAAGAAUUUUAAAAAAAUCCGCAAUUGGUUUGUCAAGGGGUUUUAAUGGGUUUUUAUUGCUGGAAAUUGUUUCUAAAUGCAGUAUUGGAUACGGACAAUCAUUAUGUUGUUCUCCAGUGGAGUGUGAAGAGGCUGUUUCCAUGGGGGCAGUUGAAAGAUUAGUUCAACUUUGUGAAUGUCCAGCGUCAAGAAACUACAGUGAUUCAGUUCUAGUCGCGGCGUUAGCAGCACUGAGGAAAAUGGCCUCUUUCAUAACCCUUGAUGUAUCUGAGAGUUUUGUUGGAUCAAGUUUGGUGGAUUCAUUUAACGAGUUGAGCAGAAUUCACGAGAGUUAUGUAUAGGGUUUGGGCACAUUUUUUGUUGUUGAAACUGUUCAUUCCACGUUUGUUGACUCUACCUUGAUGUUCCACGUUUGUUCUUUUAAAAAUCGUCAAUUUUCAAAAGUGUUGGUUACAUUUUUUUUAA